CCGCAUGCAGAAAAAGGCUGCGUUUUGGGAGGAGAAGUUCACAAUUAGCCGCCCCUCGCUCGUGACCGCAUCUUGCUGAGAGUCAGUCCCGGAGUCCCGACCUACAGCGAACUACGAGAUCACCGAGCGACGACUAGUCAGUCUUACGGCACUACGUCCACUCCACCCCGAUGGCUUCAGCACUAGCCGCCUAUCCACAGAACACGCAGUUUUUCCAUCAGCCCGGUGCAGAGCUUCAGAAGCCGUCUCCUCUCGCCAUGCUGGCAGCGACGUGUAGCCGUAUCGGGAACGGCCCCGUCCCGGCAGAACUCGAGCAGCACCGACUCUUCCACCCGUGGUCCACGGCGAUGUCAUCCUUCACGCCCGCCGCGUCUGUGACGGUGUCCGCCCCGACAUACGUCGCCCCGUCGUACGGCACACACGAGCUCCCACUGACGCCACCAGCCGAGCCCGGGACGGCGUCCUUCCACUACGAUAUGAUGAAGCUCCAGAGCCAGUACCUACACGCCCCGGCCCUGAGUCUUCCCCCGGCGCUAUCAACGGCUUCAUCCGCCUUCAGCUCAGCGCCUCUCCCCGUCAUGUCCAGUCCGACCAGCUUCUCCUCGUCACCGCCACACUGCAGCGAGGAGUCCCUGCCCUGGUGGAGCAUCCAGCCGUCCGUGAAGCCACACAUGGCCCCUACGUUCAUGCGGCCUCCCCUCAUGGCUUCACCCGCCGAACUUUGCCAGUACCCCGCCCAGCUUGCCGGCGUGCUACAGAAGCCAACCAUCGCGACAGCCCGUCGCUGUAGGCGCUGCCGGUGCCCGAACUGUCAGAACUCCACCGCAGGGUCUCCCAACAAGAAGAAACAACACAUCUGCCACAUCCCCGGCUGCGGGAAGGUGUACGGCAAGACGUCCCACCUGAAGGCGCAUCUCCGCUGGCACACCGGCGAGAGACCGUUCGUCUGCAACUGGUUGUUCUGCGGGAAGAGUUUCACACGCUCCGACGAGCUCCAGCGGCACCUCCGUACCCACACGGGCGAGAAGCGCUUCGCCUGUCCCGACUGCGGUAAGCGCUUCAUGCGGUCAGACCACCUCGCCAAGCACGUCAAAACACACGCACAGAAGCGGGCCGGGAAGCCAGACUCUCCCGACAGCCAGGCCUCCGACAUCGAGAACAACGAACAGAAUCACAUCGACGUACAAGAAGACUAGAAAACAAGAACUUUAAAAGUUGCAAAACGUGCCAAAGACUUGCCAUACAGAAACUGUUCUUCCUAAACAAUGCCUUCAGAAGAAGUGCUAUGUUUUGAGACAAUAUAUUUAGAAAAUGUACAUACUGUAUAUAGCACAACAGAGCCUUUUGACCACUUUUGUAAGAUACGAAAAACAGAGAAACGUUAUUUUGUGAUAUUUUUGUUA